AUGAAGUGCAUAAAGAAAAAACACAUUGUUGACACAAGACAACAGGAGCACAUCCAUUCUGAGAAGAAGAUUCUUGAAGAGGCUCACUCUCCAUUUAUUGUAAGGCUGUUUCGCAGCUUUAAAGAUAACAAGUGUGUUUACAUGCUGUUGGAGGCUUGCCUUGGAGGAGAGAUCUGGAGCAUUCUCAGGGAUAGAGGCUGCUUUGAUGAGCUUACAUCAAAAUUUUGUAUUUCAUGUGUGACGGAAGCUUUUGAUUACCUACAUCAUAUUGGAGUUGUCUACAGGGACCUGAAACCAGAGAACCUGAUGCUUGAUACUGAGGGAUACAUAAAGUUGGUUGACUUUGGAUUUGCUAAGAAGAUUGGCAGAGGUCAGAAAACAUGGACAUUUUGUGGGACAGCUGAAUACGUGGCACCUGAGAUUAUUCUGAACAAAGGCCAUGAUUUUGGUGUGGAUUUCUGGUCAUUGGGAAUACUUGUCUUUGAGCUUCUUACUGGCAGCCCACCAUUUUCUGGCUAUGAUCAGAUGAUGACCUACAACUUAAUUCUGAAAGGUGUAGAAAAGAUGGAUUUCCCCAAGAAAAUAACAAGGCGACCCGAAGAUAUGAUUCGUAGGCUGUGCAAGCAAAAUCCAUAUGAGCGCUUGGGAAACCUGAAGAAUGGAAUAAAUGAUAUUAAGAAACACAGGUAG